GCCAACUCCGCAUCGCUGCAACUUAGCACAGGGCCUCAGCCACCCCCAGGCGACAUACUAGGCUCCAGUAGCUCCAGUGGCUCCUGCGCGCGGGACCCGGACUCCCGCCUGCAAACGCGCGGGCUCGCGGCGCAGGGAGCGCGGUCGCCAGCGAGGCCGAGCCGGGAACUCCGCCUCUCGGUGGCUGGCAGAUCGGCGAACCGGGCGACUUCCACGCUGCCCGCCCCCGAAGCGAGGCAGCGUCCCCGAGCAUUUGAGAUCCCGGACUGCCGUCGUGCGCGCCCGCGAGUCCCUUCAGAGUCCCAGCGCCUCUGAAAUGCGGGAUGAUCUAUUGAGGACAGGAGAGAGAGAAGGCUCAAAACAGUCUUCAGCACUGUCUUCACUGGCUGUUGCAGUUGCUAUCACUUCCGUUUAAGGGAGAAAGCAAUAUGGCGGUUCCUCAAGAUGAGAGGUCAGGGUAAGGAGUGGAGUUGUGAAGGUCAAGCUACCUUUGGGCAUCCAGGAGUAAUUUAGGUACUUCUCUACAUACCUGCCAGAACUCUGAAGGGACGCAGACAUGGCGGGCAAUGCUGCGGACAGCGCCAACCACCUGACCUACUUUUUUGGCAACAUCACCCGGGAAGAGGCUGAAGACUACCUGGUCCAGGGAGGCAUGACUGAUGGGCUCUAUUUACUGCGCCAGAGCCGCAAUUAUCUGGGUGGUUUCGCUUUGUCAGUGGCAUAUAACAAGAAGGCACACCACUACACCAUUGAGAGAGAACUUAAUGGCACCUACGCCAUCUCUGGGGGCAGGGCCCAUGCCAGCCCAGCAGACCUCUGCCAUUACCACUCCCAGGAACCUGAUGGCCUUGUCUGCCUCCUCAAGAAGCCCUUCAACCGGCCCCCAGGGGUACAGCCCAAAACUGGGCCCUUUGAGGACCUGAAGGAGAACCUUAUCAGGGAAUACGUGAAACAGACCUGGAACCUUCAGGGCCAGGCUCUGGAGCAAGCCAUCAUCAGCCAGAAGCCCCAACUGGAGAAGUUGAUCGCCACCACAGCCCAUGAGAAGAUGCCCUGGUUUCACGGUAACAUCUCCAGGGAUGAAUCGGAGCAGACGGUCCUCAUAGGGUCAAAGACCAAUGGAAAAUUCCUGAUCAGGGCCAGAGACAACAGCGGCUCCUAUGCACUGUGCUUGCUGCACGAAGGGAAGGUAUUGCACUAUCGUAUUGACAGGGACAAGACCGGGAAGCUCUCCAUCCCUGAAGGGAAGAAGUUCGACACCCUUUGGCAGCUAGUGGAACAUUAUUCUUACAAGCCAGAUGGGCUAUUAAGAGUCCUCACAGUGCCAUGUCAAAAGAUUGGUGCGCAGAUGGGUCAUCCAGGAAAUUCAAAUUCCCAUCCUGUGACUUGGUCACCGGGUGGAAUAAUCUCAAGAAUCAAAUCCUACUCCUUCCCAAAGCCUGGCCACAAAAAGCCUGCACCACCCCAAGGGAGCCGUCCGGAGAGCACUGUGUCCUUCAACCCCUAUGAGCCAACGGGAGGGCCCUGGGGCCCAGACAGAGGCCUUCAGAGAGAAGCCCUGCCCAUGGACACAGAGGUGUACGAGAGCCCUUAUGCUGACCCUGAAGAGAUCCGGCCUAAAGAGGUCUACCUGGACAGGAACCUGCUGACCCUGGAGGACAAUGAACUGGGCUCCGGUAACUUCGGGACUGUGAAAAAGGGAUACUACCAAAUGAAAAAAGUUGUGAAAACAGUGGCUGUGAAGAUCCUGAAGAACGAGGCCAACGACCCGGCCCUGAAGGACGAGCUGCUGGCGGAAGCGAACGUCAUGCAGCAGCUGGACAACCCCUACAUUGUGCGCAUGAUCGGAAUCUGCGAGGCGGAAUCGUGGAUGCUGGUGAUGGAGAUGGCGGAGCUGGGGCCCCUCAACAAGUACCUGCAGCAGAACAGGCACGUCAAGGAUAAGAACAUCAUCGAGCUGGUUCACCAGGUCUCCAUGGGGAUGAAGUAUUUGGAAGAGUGCAAUUUUGUGCACCGAGAUCUGGCUGCGAGGAAUGUGCUUCUGGUCACGCAGCACUACGCCAAGAUUAGUGAUUUCGGUCUUUCCAAAGCCCUUCGUGCUGAUGAAAACUACUACAAGGCCCAGACCCACGGGAAGUGGCCCGUGAAGUGGUACGCCCCCGAAUGCAUCAACUACUACAAGUUCUCCAGUAAGAGUGACGUCUGGAGCUUCGGCGUCCUGAUGUGGGAAGCGUUCUCCUACGGGCAGAAGCCAUACAAAGGGAUGAAAGGGAGUGAAGUGACGGCCAUGCUGGAGAAAGGAGAGCGGAUGGGGUGCCCCGCCGGGUGCCCGAGAGAGAUGUACGACCUAAUGAACCUGUGCUGGACUUACGAUGUCGAGAACAGGCCAGGAUUCACAGCCGUGGAACUGAGGCUUCGCAAUUACUAUUACGACGUGGUUAACUAACAGCUUGGGUGCCUGUCCGUGCACACCGUGGCUUCUCAAGCGAUCACAGGAAAUUCAUUCAGAUGAACUGGCUCUCAGAGUUUCGUCUCCCUCUGCCUGGGGUGAGAGCUAACCAGGCAAAGGCUAGGACUCACCCUCACAACUGUUCUGUUCCCAAAAGACAUACAAGCAGCCAGACCUCGGGCCUGUGGACUCGUCUAUCUGGUCUUUGUUUCCAUUUGGGUGGUCUUCGUUAUGGGUCACGUUUGGGGACCGUUUCCAAAUUCUCUUGACGUCAUUCCGUCCCUCUGGGUCCAGGAUUUCAGCGUCCCCUGCAGAUCAGGAAAGAAAAGGGCUGUGCCACUUCAGCGAAGAACAUAAAGAGAAACCUCACCUGCGCAGUGGGCAAGCCGGAAGGCGGUUAAGGAAAAUGACAAACCUGGAUGGCGGUUUUGCUCUCCGCCCCGCCCUAAGACAGAAAUACCAUGUGGAUGAGAUGCUGAGACAUGCUGACUCAGCUUACACAGCCCUGGAGUCCACCUCCCUGCAGAAUGACUUGAAGUCCACUGUUGUGUGCUUGCAGGAGGAGGUGUGAAUAACACUUUGCAUGUAGGCUGCUGGGGGGUGGGUGGCAGGGAAGGUGGGCUCCCAUGAUCCUCUGCGACUGAGCAGAGUGUGUCAGGCAUGAGACAGACUCCCUCCCCUCUGCAGAGGGAAUGCAUCCAGGACAGUUGUUGCUGCCACAAAAUACCGGACUAGCAACUUAAGGGAGGGAAGGCUUGUUUGAGCUCACAGUUGGAGGACAAAGGCCAUCAUGGUGGAAAAGACGCUACAACAGGCAGGAAAGGCUUGGUGGCAUGAAUGGGAAGCUGCAAGGUCACGCGGCACCCAUGCUCAGGAGGCAAACAGUAAGCAGGAAGUGGGACCAGGCUAUCAGGCCCCAAAGCCCACCCCCAUCCACUUCCUUCAGCAAGGCCCCACCCCCCAAAGGCUCCACAAGCCUCUCAGUGGCAACCAAGGGUUCAAAUACAUGAGCUUUUGUGGGGGGGCAGUUCUCACUCAAACCACAAGAAGAUCCAUCAGUUUUCUGUUGCUAUAACUGAACACUGAUGUACAAAGAAAAGAAAUGUAUCUAGUACUUGUACAUCCUUUUUCUCUGAAGGUUGGAACCGCCACCAGCAAGGUGCAGUGCCAGGCAGGGACCUUCCUGAAUGCCACACAAUGUGAUAUCUUGACAACACAGAGGAGUCAUCUCAGGUCUGUCCUCCUUUUAUGAGCCCCUGACACCUUCUCAGAGCCCCCAUCAGGACCCCACCUCAUCUUAAUCAUCCACCCCCCCCAAAGGCCCCAUCUCCAGACACCGUGCCAGUGAACCUAGGUACUAAGUCUUCAGCACAUAAACCCUGUGGGGACACAUUCAUACUAGAGCAGAUGGCAGUGUGGUGACCAAGACCAUCUCAAGAUGAGUUUCUGAAUAGAAUUUUAAUUCACAUUAAAACCAGAGAUGUGACCUUCCCCACAAGUAAGCCUUGCCAAGUGCAACUUUGUGCUGAGGACACAUAGCUAAGACUUUCCCACUAUCCUCCUAGCCCUGGCUAACAAGUGGCACUGGCCAUGCACCAAGUGUCACCUGUUCACAGCACCUUUGCUUGAGGACCUGAAAGUUACAAAGGCUGCAUAGCCUUCCAUCUAGGUCUAGGGAAAUAAACCAAUGAGAACAUCUCUUCUUCACCUCUAAGACACUGUGAUGGUACACAGCUAGGGAUGGUACAGAAGGCCCCACUGGCGGUGGGUUCGACGAACAGAGACGGUGAAAUGGGUGCCUCUUUUUAGACCAGUGGCUCUCAACCUUCCUAAUGCUGAGACCCUUCAAUACAGGUCCUCAUGUUGUGAUGGCCCCCAAUCAUGAAGUUAUUUUGUUGCUACUUCAUAACUGUAAAUUUGCUACUAUUAUGAAUCAUAGUGUAGAUAUCUGAUAUGCAGGAUAUCUGGUAUGUAAAUAUCUAAUAUGCAGGCUAUAUGAUAUGCAGCCCCAAGGAGGGCACAUCCCACAGGUUGGGAUCCACUGUCUUUGAUAUCAAGGCACUACACUUAGAGUGCGGUUAGGAAGUGUUUAGAGGCUAUCAGUGUGUCUUGGAAUUGUGCUAGUAGGCCAGUUGACCUGUUAAGGGAGGGUAUGUAUCCCUGUAUGUGGAAUUCACUGAGCAGACAGACCUGCAGAACACAGCCUUGGUGAGGAAGUCCUGUGGGUCAGGCCACAUGUAGAUUUAGUCAAGAGAGGAAGAGCCAUUGUGUUGGUUAUGGAGACAGGAAUGUCUGCUUUGAGCAAGUUCUCUGCUGAGCUCCUAGCCUACCUUCCCCUGUCCCCAGGGUAGGGCUAUAUAAAGGCCACCUUGAAGGUCAGAGAACAUGUGUGAGAACCCUGUGGAGGCUUCUGUCUUCUUUCUGUUUCGUUUGAUUCCUGGCCUCUAGCUGUGCCUCUCCUUCCCCGGGGGUUGGGAUUGCCCAUUCAUAAUCUGGAUAUGACUGAGCAGAACAGAGGCACAGGUUUUGCCUCCCCCCAGAAGGCCGAAACAGGUUCCUACGCACAGAAGUCAUAUGCAGCCAUUGUCCAGGGCUGGUGAAAACUGUGUCGUGCUAUCAAAAUAAAUUCUCUCCCCUGGGGCUCCAGAGGAGGGCAGAUGGUGAGAGGAUCCUCCCUGGAGAAUCUAGACUAUGGAUGCGACUUUGCAAGUUCGGAAAGUAGCCAAGGCAUCUCAGGCAUCUGCCUUUAGCUGGGUCUCUUCACGAGCUGCCUCUGCUGCUCCGAGCCCCUUCUGCCUAGCAGCUGGGUCACUGUGUGCCUUUGCCUAUGGCCCUUUGUCAGCAGAGCACAAGGAGCACCCAAGCUGCCUCCCCACAUCCCACUGACUGCGAGCACCACAAACCUCACGCAGAACCGAAUGUCUCUCCAGUAAACACCCAAGCCAGUUACUCAUAAAAUCCCGUUUCCUUGUGCAGUGGAACAUGUCCUCCCUGUACCCAGACCUGCUUUGUGUGCCAGACAGUGACUCCACAGGGAUGCCAGGCCUGUGAUUGCAUUACAAAGGGAAGCCCCGGGUUGUCCGUCUCAGGGAAUACUCCCACCCGGAGCUGCAUGCAGAGUUUCCCUGUUAUCUCAGAAAUUAUUUUUAAUAAAGGUCUACUAUUA